AUGAGUUCAUUAAUAAAUUCGCUACUAUUUAAUGGUUUUAUAAAAAAGAAAGAAAAUAAAAAUGAAGAAAAACAAAAUAAAAAAGAUAUACAAAAUAAUGAGAGUAAUAGUAAAGUGGAUGAAAUAAAUAUGAACAAUCUCUCGAGAAGGGAAAGCAAGGAAAGGAUAAACAACAAUAAUGAGAAUAAUAACAUUGAUGGUAAUAAUAAAAGUACAGAUCGUAUUAAAAUAAGUGAUCAUAAUAAACAUAGUUAUCAUAAUAAACAUAGUUAUCAUAAUAAACAUAGUUAUCAUAAUAAACAUAGUUAUCAUAAUAAACACAGUGAUCAUAAUAAACAUAGUUAUCAUAAUAAACACAGUGAUCAUAAUAAACAUAGUGAUCAUAAUAAACAUAGUGAUCAUAAUAAACAUAGUUAUCAUAAUAAACGUAGUGAUCAUAAUAAACACAGUGAUCAUAAUAAACACAGUGAUCAUAAUAAACACAGUGAUCAUAAAAAUGAACAAGUGGAUGAGAAUCUCCCUGUAGGGGUUAAUCAAGAAGAUUUACUACUAAAAGUUGUUUAUAAAAAUAAAGAGGAUUUAUUAAAUGAAGAUGAUUAUAUGAAUAAUUAUUAUUUUGAGAGUUAUAAGAAAGAUAAAAGUAUGAAUAUAUUAAAAAAUGGGAAGGAAAAUAUAGAAAGAGAAAGAAUAAAGACUUAUUAUGAAUAUUAUAAUUCUACUAAAUAUGAACAUAUUCAUAAAUAUGGAAAAACAAAUAAGUUUAUUAAUUUUUAUAAUGAUAAAAAUAUUUUAUAUAAUUUUAAGGAAAAUAUUGAUACACCCAAAAAACAAAAAAAUGAUUACAUAAAUAAGAAGGAAACAGAGAAAAACAUGAAUGAGCAUUAUAUAGAUGAUAUAUUAAAAAAUAUACCCAGAUAUAAUAAUAUGUCAUCAAAUUAUUUAUUGAAUUUAUAUAAUAAUUCGAACAAUGUAAAUAAUUUAAAUAUUCAUAAUACAGAUUUUAUCGAACUCCAUGAUAUUUUUGAUGAAAAAAAAUUGGAUAAUGUAAAAAAUAAAGAUUUCUGCUUUUAUAGAAAUAUAAAAAUGAAAAAGAAAAUAAAUAAAAAUAAAGAAUUUUAUAAGGAUAUGAAUUAUCAGGAAAUAAGUCAUCUACAGGAUGAAGAAAGCGAACAAAGAGAUAUGAACAAUCAUAAAACUGGGACAAUUAAAAAGGAACAUAAAAUAGGGAAUGCCUAUAAAAUGGAAGAGAUCAAAAAUGUUGAUGAAGUUUUAAGUAAUGACAAUACAAAAAAUGAACAUAAUGAUGAUAUAAAUGGUGAUAUAAAUGGUGAUAUUAAUAAUGAUGAUAUAAAUGAUGAUAUUAAUAAUGAUCACCACAUUUAUAAUAAUGAUGAUGUUAAUAAUGAUCACCACAUUUAUAAUAAUGAUCACCACAUUUAUAAUAAUGAUCACCACAUUUAUAAUAAUGAUCAUCACAUUUAUAAUAAUGAUCAUCACAUUUAUAAUAACGAUGAUGCUGUUUAUAAUUCUGGAGGUUCCUUUAAAGAAGAAAUAAAUUUUUUAGAAGGAAAAUUUUGUUCGAAAGAAGAGGGAGAAUUUCAUAUAUCGAAAAAAUCGUCUAAUGAUGAAUUUAGUAGUUAUGAGAAAUUAGAUAUAGAUAAGGAAUUUAAUUUUAACGAUGAUAAUAUAAAUAAUGUUGACAACAUGGAUAAGCUUUUUAAUGUUGACAUUGUGGAUAAUCUCCAUAAUAUUAAUAAUAAUGUACCACAUGAAUUAGAAAACAUAUCGGACUCAUUUAAUUUAAUAGAAAAUGAAAAUAAUAAAAAUAUUUAUGACAAGGAUGAAGAUAAUUUCCUAGAUGAUCAUAUAGAUAAUAAUAAUGAUAAUAUUUGUAAUAAUUAUUCUGGAGAUAAUGUGAACAAAAGCGAUGUUGAGUUUUCUUUAGAUUCUUUUUAUAACAAGAAAAAUAAUAAUGAAGAGAAUGAUGAAAGCAAAAUACAAACUAAUCAUAUAAAUGACGUAUUAACAACAUAUGAAAAAAUAAAAGAAAGUGAUAAAAAUAUAGUGUUAAAAAUCAAAUAUAAAGAGGAAGAUUUUAAUAGUUAUCAUAAAGAUAGCUUUUCUUCCUAUGAUUAUGAUUUAAAAAAGAAUCAUAUUAGUAGUACUUAUGAAGAAAAAUAUAAAGAGAAAUUAAAUUAUAGCAUACGUUAUAAUGAACAUGAUAAAAGUUUUAAUUCAUUGAAUGAAAAAGAUGAUAGUACUAAUAUGGAUAUUAUGAAUAAUAUGAAUAUAAAUAUAAAUAAUGACGAGGAAGGUAUAAAUAAUAUAUAUUUCAAUAAUAAUAAAAAGAAAAGUGAUUUAAAUAAUAUUAUGGAUGUAUAUGAAAAUGAGCAAGAUGAUAAAAAUAAAGAUAUACAUAUAAAUAAUAUUAAUAAGAAUGAUAAUCUUGAGAAUCAUAGAUUUAAUGAUGAAGUGGUUAAUAUAAAUAAAAAAAAAAAAAUAGAAAAAAAAAAAUAUGAAUAUGAUUAUUUUAAAAAUGUUUAUGAAGAUUAUAAAAAAUAUUCAUUAUAUGAUGAUAUGAAUUUGUAUGGUAAUAAUAUAAUAAAUAAUGUAUAUAUAUAUAUGUUAUUAAAUUAUAAAUAUCUACAUAAUUAUCAUACGAAAAAUAAUUUUAAUCAUAAUAAUAAUAAUAAUAAUAAUAACAAUGUUACUAUGAUAUUAUAUCCAUAUAAUAAUGAAGAUUAUUUUGAUUAUGUUACGAACAAAAAAAUUUCAGAAAAGGAUAUAUUAUAUAAUGAAUAUAUUAUAAAUGAAUUAUUUAAUAUAAAUAUAGAUAAUGAGAAUGAUAAAUCUAAUAUGUUAAGUAAUUCUGAAAAAUUGAAAAAUAAAAAAAUAAAAAGUAUAACAAAUAAUAAUAAUAAUAAUAAUGAUAAUGAUAAUAAUAUUAAUAAUUCUUAUUAUUAUGAGAAUAACAUGAUACAAUUUGUUGAUAAAAAUAAUUUAGUUACUUUUAAUAAGGAAAGAAACACAUCUAACAAUGCUAAUGUAGAAAAUAAACAUUUGUUUGCUCAAGAUUCUAUAUAUAAUAAUUUAUCUAAUUUUUUAAAAAAAAAUAAUGAAUUGUUUUUUAAAGACCUAGACAAAUAUAUGAACGAACACAUUUUUAAUAAUAACAAUAAUAAUAAUAAUAAUAAUAAUACUAUAUUCUUAGAUAAUUUCAGUACAAUAUUAUCAAAGGUAUAUGAUGAUAUGAAUCUACAAAGAGGAGAAGAAAAUAAUAAUAAUACUACAAAAAAUAAUAAGGAUAAUAUUUUAGAAUAUAUUAAUAAAAUGUUAUCAGCUGAAUUACAAAAAAAUGAAGUCAUAUCUUUUAUGUUAAAUAAUAUCUUUUUAAAGGAAAAAGAUAUAUCUGAUGUUUUGUUAAAAUCCUUAAUUUAUCGUUAUGAUGAAUAUAAAUAUUUAAAAGAAGAUUUAUUUUUAAGUGAUUCUCAUUUUUAUAAAUUAAAAAGAAAUGAAGAAUAUGUGGAAAACACAAUUAUGUUACAGGAUGGUGAUAAUAAUAAUAAUAAUAAUAGAAGAGAUCAAUUUUCGAAAGGUUUAUAUCAUAAGAAUAAGAAUGAUUUUUUAUAUAAUACAUAUAAUAAUAUAAAUAAUGAUGAAGAUAAUAUAUUUAUUCAAAAUAAAGAAUUAAGAUUAAAAUCUUUUGAAAAGGUUUUAAAUAAAAUUGAUAAUAUAAUAUUUUUUUCUAACUUAAAAUUAGAUAAUAUAUAUAAAAAGAGAAAUCCACAUAAAAUCGAAAACUUAUCUAUAUCGUAUAAAAAUGCUUAUAUACAUACACGUAUGACAAAUGAUUAUUAUUAUAAUUAUUUAUUUUGUAAUAUACAAGGUGUAAUAGCUUAUUCAAGGUUUCAUAAGUUAGAUUUUAGAACAUUAAUACAUAAAUUUGUAAAGGAAAAAAAAUUUCAUUUAGAAAAGAAGAUGAAGAUAGAUAUGAAUAUGGAUCUUAGAUCAUAUGAAAAACAUAUAUUAUUAAAAUGGACUGAAAGGAAAAAUGAGACAUUAAGAAGAUCGUAUAUGUUUUUAAAAAGAGGCGGUCGGGAUUUCUUUACGAGAACUGUUCAUAAUAUGAAUAAUAUGAAUAAUAUUGAUAAUAAUGAUAAUAAUAAUGAUAAUAAUAAUGAUAAUAAUAACAAUAAUGAUAAUAAUAAUGAUAACAAUAAUGAUAACAAUAAUGAUAACAAUAAUGAUAACAAUAAUGAUAAUACAAAUGAAAGUAUGUUUAAUAAAGAUGAUAUAAAAAGUAUGAAAGGUAGCUUAGCAUAUGAUAAUAUAAAUAACAAAAUAAAAAAAAAAAAAAAAAAUUUAUACGAAAUUGUUAAUAUAUUAUAUACAUCUAAUUUUGAUUUUAGUGAAUAUAUUAUGUGUGAUUGGGAAAUAGAAAAUAAAUUUGAUACAUGUGAAAUAAUAGAUUCUAAUGAUAAAGAACAAAUAGAUAAUCCUUCAUAUAUUUAUUAUAAUAAUUCAUGUUUAUUAUUAAAUGAUGAUGGUCCUUUAGUUGUAUUAGAAUAUAUCGAGAAGGAUCCUUUCAUAUUUUUAAAAAAUGGUAUGAAUAGUAAAUUAAAUCAUUAUUUCAUAUGUGAAAACGAUGAACAUUUAUAUUCUUUUGAUUAUAAAAAUAAAUUAAAAAAAAAUGUAGAACCUUUUGGUGAAAUUAAUGUUAUUAAAAAUACAAUAAAUUAUUUCGGAGUACCAAUCAAAUUAAAAAGAUCUAAACAAAGAAUUACCUUUUUAGAAAAUGAAUUGUUCAAAUCUUUUUUAUUUACAUAUCCGGUGUAUUAUAUGAAUGCUCGUCAAAAAAAUAAAUCCUUGUUAAACAAAUAUAUUAAUGAAGAUAUUAAUGGUGUUAAUAUGUGUAAGUAUGAUGGAAAUUAUACAAAUCGUAAUCAUCUCAACUCUCAACAGGACAAUAAUAAUAUUAAUAAUAUUAAUAAUUCUUAUUAUUGUGAUGAUUCAAGAGAUAAACAUAAAAUUAAUAAAUAUAUGAACACGUCUCAUUUGGAUUUAGAUAUAAAUUCUUUUGAAGAUAUCGAAGAAGAAGAAGAAAAAAAACACAUGGAUGAAUAUUAUAAUAAUGAUACAGACGAUACAUCUUUUUAUAAUACCGAUUUUUUACUCAUAAGAAAUUUUUCUUAUAAUCAAAAUAGAUAUUUCCUUAAACCCUUAUAUGUGGAUGUAGAUAUGUACAGGGAAGAAUAUAAAGGGGAAACUAUGGAAAAGAAAAAUGAAUAUCUUAUAAAAGAAGGAUAUGUUAUAAAUAAUGAGACGGACAUGUUAAAUAAAGAGAGGGACAUGUUAAAUGGUGAGGGGGACAAAUUAAAUGUUCAGAGGGACAAAACAUUCAAUGAAGAAGAUAAUAUUAAAGAUACAUAUAAUAAUUACAAUUCUGAUGAUGUCGAAAAGUACAACGCAUCUAAUUAUAAUAGUCUUAAUAAAAAAGAUAUAACAAUUGAGGAAAAGGAAGUAGAAGCAUACAAUAAUAAUAAUAAUUAUAAUAAUGUGGAAACUUUAAAUAGUAAUAAAUCUUUAAAUUCAGAAGGAUACAUAAAAGAUACUAACAGCGAUAAAAUAGAUGAAGAGAAUAAUAUAUAUUAUAAAAAUAAUAUGAAUGAUUAUCCAUAUGAAGAGAAUAUGAAUAAUUAUGUUAAUAAUGAAUAUUCCGAAGGUAUUAUGAAGAAGAAUUAUUUUAAUUGUAUUUUUUAUAAUGUAGGUUUUUUAGAUAUUAAUGUAGAUGUAAUGAAUCCAUUAUAUAAAAGAUAUCUUGUGGAAAAACGGAAUUAUGUAAGAAGUUGGAUAAUAAAAUUAAUUGUAAAAUAUAAAAUUAAAGAUUCUAAAAAAAUUAAAGAAAUAUUAAAAAAAAAAUUAAGUUUAUUUAUUAAUGAAAAGGAUAUUAAUGUUAUUGUUAAAUCAUUAGAUAUUAACUUAUUAUUAAAUAAAAAUUAUAUGGAUGAUGACGAAGAAAAAAAUUUUUAUAAAAUAAAAAAUGUAUGUAUUAUAGAAUGUAUUUAUCAUUAUUUACAAUUAUUUAAAUAUGAAGGUAUCGAUUUUAAAACAGUAAUUGAUAACCAAGAAAAAUUAAAUCAAAUCAUUUCUGUUUUAAAAAUAGAAAAACAAAGAGCUUUACAAAAUAUAAAUAAUAUAAAAAAUAAAAUUAAAUAUAUAUAUGAUAAAUAUUGUUAUAAAAAAGAAGCAAAAACAGUACAAUUCAAUAUUAAAAAAGAAGAUAUACAAAUUUCAUCAAUUCAAAAUUAUUAUUUUGUAGGAAAUUUUUAUUAUGAUAAUAAUAUGUUGAAUUAUUUUUUUUACAUUAAAUAUAUUAUUUCUUAUUCCCCAUGGAAUAUAUUUAAAGAUUAUGUUAAUACCUCAAAUGUGAGCAAGAAGGAAAACCAGAACGAUGACAACAAGAAGAAAAAAAAAAACAAAAAAUAUCAGAAUAUUAAAAAUGAAAAAAAUAGUAUGAAAGGCAAAAAGAAGGGGGAAAAAAAAAAGAAAAAAGGUAAUUUAUUACAUCGACAUGAUAAUAAUAAAAAUAAUACUAACGGUAGUAAUAAUAGUAAUAGUAAUAGUAGUAAUAGUAGUAAUAAUAGUAAUAGUAAUAGUAAUAGUAAUAGUAGUAAUAAUAGUAGUAGUCGUGAACUCUCCAUACAACAGUAUACAUCAAAUGAUGAUACUGAUAUGUCUAAUAUGAGUAAUUAUCCAUACCAUUCCGAAGAACACAAAAAAAGUAGCAACACAAAAGAAAAACGUCAAAAAAAUCUAAAAGUCAAGAAUAAAAAAAAAACUUCACAUGCACAUAAUGCAAGUUACACAAACAGCGAGAAAGACGAACAAGAAAGAGAAAUAAACAAAAAAAACAUAAAGGAAAAAGAAAAUAAAUUAAUACAUGAAUUUGAAUCAAAUAAUGAUGAAAAAAUAGAUUUGAAUUCGGAAAGUACCUAUAAGUCAGAUGAUUCGAUAUCCAGUGGUUCUAUAUCGAAUGAUUCCAUAUCGAAUGGUUCUAUAUCCAAUGAUUCUAUAUCGAAUGGUUCUAUAUCCAAUGAUUCCAUAUCCAGUGGUUCUGUAUCGAAUGAUUCCAUUUCAAAAGGUUCUGCUUCAAAAGAUUCUUCAUCAUUUGACUGCACCCAAAGCCAUACAGAUGACCACGUUGAUAGAAAUAUAAAGAAAACGGAUAAAAGGAAUAAAAGAAAUAAUAAGAGUAAUAAAAGGAGUAAGAAAAAAAAGGAUGAAAGAAGUGAAAACAUAAAUUACGAUUCAGAUGAGGAAUUAAAGAAAAAGGAAAUACAAAAUGAUCCUAAGGAUUCAGAAUUAGAAAAGAAUAGUGAUAACAAUAAUAAUAAUAAUAAAAAGGUGGGGAGAAAGAAUUAUUUUUAUGCAACAUAUUUAUAUAGCCAUGUAGUAUAUAAUUCAAAAUUACAUAGUGGAAAUAUAUCAUAUCAAAAGAACAAAAAUAAUAAUAAUAACAAUAAUAAUAAUUAUUGUUAUAAUAAUAAUUUGUAUGGAAAUAAAUAUAGAGAACAACAAAUGAAAAAUAAAAUAUUUAUGGAGAAUAGUAACAUUAUGAAAAGAGGAGAUGUAAUAAAUAAAAGAAUAAAUAUGUCUGAAAAAAGACAAAAACGACAAGGGAAUAAUACAUUUACAAAAGGUAACAAGGGAUACCAUUUUAAUAUGAAAGGAAAAUAUAACUUUAGUUAUUUUUAUACUAAAUCUAAUAAUUUAAAUGCUGAUGUACAGGAUAUGAAAAAAAAAAAAAAAAAUUAUAUGAACUAUAAGAAUUAUAUAGAGGGUGAUAAGAGAGGAGUACAUGAUGGAUAUUAUAAAUAUGACAAAGAAGAAAGUGUGUUUGAAAAAAUGUAUAAAAUGGAAGAAUAUGAAAUUAAUAACAAGAGCAAGAAAAAGAAAAAUAUUGAAAAUAUUAACAAUAUUAACAAUAUUAACAAUAUUAACAAUAUUAACAAUAUUAACAAUAUUAACAAUAUUAACAAUAUUAACAAUAUUAACAAUAUUGAUGAUGGUGAUAAUAAUAAUAAGAUGAUGAUGGUGAAUAAUAUUAUUUUAGAUGGUGAUGAGGAAGAUGAUAUAACUAUGCUGAAUAAUAACAAGAUAUAUAAUAAAGAUCAAAUGAAUCGAUCAAGUGUUUUUAAAAAUAUGACAUUGAUUAAUCAUAAUAAUAAAAAUACAUAUAAUGAUAAUAAUAUGUUUGUGUGUGGUAAAGAUUUAAACAAGAAUAUAAACAUGUCUCUAUAUAUGAAAUGUAUAACACAUUUCAGUAUUAAGGAUUUAUCUAAAACCCUUAUAAGUAUUGGUUUUCAUAAUAAAAUUAUAAAAAAUAUGAAUCGAAAUGAGCAACUAAAUUUAAUUAAGAAGAAUAUUAAAAAUGAAAAAAUAUUAACAAGUACAAAUAAACUUAUACAUAUAUAUAUGAUAAAGAAAUUAAUCAGUGAACAAUUUAAAAAUUUACAACAACCAGUUUAUUUAAAAUAUAAUAAAAAUGUUUUAUAUAUAGAUGAGAAAAAAAGUUUAGUAAAUCAGAAUGAUGUGAUUCAUCAAAAUAGAGAAAUGAAAAACAAAACCAAAGCAAGUAAUAAUUAUCUUUAUAAUAAAACAUAUCAUACAAAUAAUAUAGCGAAUGAUAAUAAUGAUAAGGGAAAACGUUUUAAUAAUGAAGAUAAUGGUUUAUAUUAUUAUGAUAAAGAAAGAAAAGAAAAUCAUUCAGUCAUUUUAGAUAUUCCAAAAAAAACAAAGAUAGAAAAAUGUCGAAUAAAAUUAAUAAGAAAAUUUUUUUGUGAAUCGUCAAGUGAAAAUGAAUAUUCUCCAAAAUCUUUAUCAGAUGUCGAAGGAUCAUCAUCCUUUUAUGAAUCCUCCGUUGAUUCUGGGUUAUCUGACAAAAUGAAAACAUUACAUCGUUUAGAUGAUAUGGAUAAUAUAAAAAAAAAAAAGAAAAUAGAUAAUAUGAACCAUAGGAACAAUCAUCUUAAAGGUACUUAUCAUGAGGAUAAAAAAAAGGUAUAUGCAAAGGAUUGUUAUGAUGAAGAUGAUUUUAUUGAUGAGGAUGAGAAAAAAGAUUUGGAAAUUAUAAGGGAAAUUAAAACGAAGGAGUAUAAUAUAGAAGAUAAUGAAAAUAAUUAUAAAUUAAUACAUUGUUUAAAAUGGACACGUGUAUAUAUAAGAAGAAAGGAUGAUAAUACUAUGAGGCUUGUAGAAUAUGGAAAUAUAAAUACACCUGAUGUAUAUAAUAAUAAUAUGAACCAUAAUAACAACAUAAACAAUAAUAAUAAUAAUAAUAAGAAUAAUAUUCCUUUGUUAACACCCCAUUUUAAUAAUCAAGAUUUAAAAAAUGCUGAGCAAAAUUACAAUAUGACUCACACCUUUGAUAACGGCACGUUUAGUAAUAAUCCUGUGUACACAAAUAAUUUUCAAGAUAUACAAAAAUAUAUUACAAAUAAUAAUAUUGAUAAAAUUGACAACAUACAAACGUUAUAUAUUUAUGGAGAAAAAAAUAUUAAUACCUUUUUAAAAUGGAAACGAUUUAGGGGGAUGUUAAAAAGAUACUUUUUUCUUUUAAAAAAUACAAAUAAUAAUAAUUAUGAUAAUAAAAAGAACAAGGUAAUACAAAAAAAUAUGCAACAAGAUAUAACUAACACAAGGCACAAAAUGUUUGCUUUUGACAAAAGAGAUGUUUCUAAAUUAUAUGAAGAAAAUAAUGUUGAUGUUGAUGUUGAUAUUGAUGGGGAAGAUGAUGGGGAGGAUGAUGGUUUUGAUUAUUUUGAUGAUGAUACUAUCACAAAUAAAAAUAUAUAUUUAGGUAAUGAGAAUAUGAAAAAAAAUAAAAAGAAAACAAUUAAAAAUAAAAGAUAUUCAAAUAUUAUUCAAUCAAAUAAAGAUCCAGCAUAUGGAAUGGAAAAGGCACUUAGUAUAUUUCCUACACUUUUUAAUGAAUUGAAAACUUGGGAUAAUUUUAAAAAAAUUGAAAAAAAAAAAAAAACGGAAGAAAAGAAGAAAAUCGAAAAUAAAAUGCAUGAGAAAAUUAAGGAUGGUGAAAAAAAAUCAGAUUUGUUGAAAAAUAAAAAAAAUAAAAAAAAUAAAAUUAAAAAUGAUGAUGAUGAUAACAAUAUUUAUAAUAAAGAACUAUAUUAUGAAAAUAUGAGUACAAAUGAAAACCUUGCUUUGAAAAAACAAAAGAAACAAAAAAUGAAUAAAACAAAUAAAAAAAAAAAAAUGAAUGAUAUAUUAUAUAAUAAUGAUAAAAAUAAAAAAGGUAUAAACAAAAAAUUUGUAAACACAAACUAUUCUAUAAAUAUUAAUAAGAACAAUAAAAGGUUUCAUAAUAUUAUAUCAUAUAAAAAUAAAGAUAAUAAAAAAAAUGUACAGAAAAAUAAUAUAAAAAAUAAAAAAACACAUAUUAAAAAUAAAUCAAUUGUAAAAAAAAAUAAAACCAAUAGUGAAAGCGAAAUAAAAAAGGAACAUUUUCAUGAUCAGAUAAUAGAAUUUGAUAGUGAUAAAAAAAAAAAAAAAAAAAAAAAAAAAAAUGUAGAUGAAUCGAGUGAUAAUAAAAAAAAGAAAAAGAAAAAAAGUACAUCCUCUAUAAAUUAUAUAGCACAUAAUAAAAGAUAUACAUUAAAAAAUAAUAAUAAUAUGGAGGAGGAGGAGGAGGAUCAAUAUAUGAGUGAAGAAUAUAUUAGUGGUAAUAGUAAUUAUUAUGAUGAUUAUCAUAAUGAUAAAAAUAUCAAAGGAAAUAAUAAUAAAAAAAGAAAAAAAGGAAAAGAAAACAUGAACAACAGAUACAAUUCAUUAAAUAAUAAUGAUGAAGAUGAGGAAACCGAAGAUAUUUAUUACACCCAUGAAGAACAUGGGAAAUUUAAAAAAAAAAAAAGUAAUGAAUAUUAUUAUAAUAAAACAAAUAAUAAUAUAUCUGAAAAUGAUUAUAUUAAUACAAAUGUAUAUAAUAAUAAUAAUAAUAAUAAUAAAAAUAUUAUAAUAGAUGAAGAAAAUAAAAAAAAAAAUAAAAAAGAAAAUAAAUAUAAAAAUAUUAAAGAAGUAAUAGAAAAUUUUAAUGAUACAUUAUCAAAUAUUAUGACAGAUAUAUCUAAACUAAAUAAUUAUAAAGCAUUUUUAAAUGAAGUUAAUGAAUCAUAUGCACCUUUAUAUUAUACUGUUAUUAAAAAACCAAUGUAUAUAAAUAAAAUUAUUUUCAGAUGUAAAAAAAAAAAAUAUAAUAGUCUAAAUUCUUUUUUUGAAGAUGUUAAUUUAAUUGUUACAAAUUGUAAAUUAUAUAAUACACCUACUUCUGUUAGUGCAUACUUAUGUGAAAUUGUUGAUAAUAUGUUUAAAGAUAUUGUUAAUAAAAUAAAAAAUAACAACAACUUACAAAAUUAUAAUAAUAUAUUAAUUGAACAUUUCUAUAAAAAUAAAAAUUUAUAUAAUAAUACUUGGGAAAGUUUACAAAUAGAAAACCUCUGGGAAGAUGAUCAACAUAUUAAUAAUUUAUAUGAUAAUACAGAGACACAAAAUAAUAAUAAUAAUAAUAAGGACCAUUUGAUUAAUAGUAAUAGCAUAUCCGAAAAACAUCGAACCGAAGAUGUAUCUAAUAUGUCAGGUGUUUCUAUCGAUAUAAUAAAGUCAAAUGAUAUAAAUUAA